UUAUUGGCGCUGGCUCCGCCCUUUCCCACGUGCCCCUCCUCGUUGCUAUGGAGACGGCUCGGCCGCUCCCGCGGCUCCUCCCGGGCGCCCAUUGGCUGCUGCUGCGGACCAAUCGCGCUUUAGCCUUGACCGUCGGGCGCGCGGACUACGUAUCCCAGCGUGCCUCGCUCCACCCCCCUUCCCGCCUCCGCGCCCGGAGCUGCCUCUGCGCAUGCGUCCCGAAGGCUCCGUCGCCCGCCGGCCGGUCCGUCCUGAGCAUGCGCAGCAGAUGGGUUUGGGGGGGAGGGAGGAGGGAGGAGGGGCGGCGCGGGGCAUUGUGGGCCCCCCUUGGCUGCGGGGGGCCGAAGGGCGCCAUCUCGAGGGCGGCCUCGCCCCUCGUGCCGCCGGGCCAUGGGGGACCUGGGCCUGGGCCGAGAGUUCCACACGUGGCACCAGUUCACCUCCUUCUUUGACGACUGGUGCGAGGCGCACAAGGCCCUGUUCAUCGUCGCCAGCCUCAAGCCCCUGGUGUCCCAGCGCCGGCACCCGCCGCCCUACCUGCCCAACCUGGCGGCCACGCUGCGCUUCCGCUUCGUCCGCCUCAUCUGCAGGCACAGCGGGACCUACGUGGGCCAGAGCACCGUGCAGCGCAACAAACUGAGCGAGAAGAUCGCCUGCCCCGCCUCGGUGACGCUCCGCCUGGGCCCCAAGAAGGACCGGCUGGUGGUGAUCGAGGCCAACCUGGAGCACAACCACCAGCUGGCGGCCGGGGAGUUCGCCCGCCGCUUCCGACGGCGGCAGCUGGAGGCCAGCCUGGGCCUGCCCAUCCGCAUCACCAACAGCGUGUCCAAGCGCUUCCUGGCCCCGGACCUGGUCCGGAACCUGGAGGACUACAGCAGGGACAAGGACAAGGGCAUGUGCGAGCUGCUGGCCCAGCUGGACGGGCUGUUCCAGGCGGACCCGGGGGCCAAGGUCAAGCUGGUCUUCCAGGAGGACGUGGCCAUCCUCGGCUGCAUCUUCCUGGCCACCUCGCCCAUGCGGGAGCUGCUGCGGGCGGCCCCCCGCCUCCUCUUCCUGGACCUGGCCGCCGGCCUCGGCGGCGACUUCGACCUGUACUCGGUGCUCUGCCAGGACGCGGACGGGCGGGGCCGCGAGGCGGCCUACUGCCUGGCCCGCCGGGGCACCCGGGACCUGCUGGUCUUCAUCGUGGCCUCUCUGGUGCAGAGCGUGCCGGACAUCAAGGCGCGGGUGGAGUGUCUGACGGUGGGGGCGGCCCUGCCGGCCGGCGCCGACGCCGUGGAGGACGUGCUGCCCCGCGCCCGGGUGCAGAUCUGCCGGGCGCAGGUCCUGGAGGCCCUGGGGCGCCGGGCCCGGGAGCUGGCGCCCCUCCGCCGGGGCCGGCUCCUCCCGCUGCUGCGCCGGCUGGCCCGGGCCGCCUCCCCCGGGGCCUACGGCCGCGACCUGAGCCGCCUGGAGGACGCCGCCCCCCUCGCCUUCCUGCGUUACUACCUGGAGACCUGGCACCCGCUCAAGGGCAUGUGGGUGGCCUGCUGGGCCUACCCCGAGCUCCGCGAGGGCGUCUUCGCCGCCCACCUGGCCGCCCACCGGCGGAAGGUCCUGCCCGCCCUGGCGCCCGCCCGCAGCCUGGCAGCCUGCCUGGGGGAGCUGCUGGCCCUGCAGGCGCCGCCGCUGGAGCUGCCCGCCCGGGAGGCGGCCGAGGCGGCGGCCCCGGUGGCCGAGCCCGGGCCCGGGGGCGUCCGGGAGGCCGAGGGCGCCGCGUCACCCGUGCGGGUAAGCUUCCGGUUUGCCAGCCCGUCGGGGCGAGGCCGAGCCGGGCCCGGCGACGGGGGCAGUCGUGGAAGGGAGGAAGGGAAGCCGGACGAUCCGGGGGUGAAGGGGCCGCCCCUCCAAAGGCCCCACCCGAAUAACGGGACCACCUUCCCUCCGGGGUCGGGGCGGUUCGAGGCUGUGAGCGGGGUUCGCCCCGCCGUACCCCGCCGCCGUAUUAUGGAGUCGGCGGACCCUGUGCCGGCCCCGGGCCUCCCGGGCGGACUCCCCCGGCGGCCGCCCCUCCUCCGCCACCGGCUCCGGCCCGUGAAGGAGGAGCCCGUGGAGCGGGGGGCCGGGGAUGGAGGGGAGCGGCAGCGGGGAGUCCGGGGGAGCGUGCUCCCCGAGAGGGCCGGCCCGUCGCACCCGCUGCCCCUGAAGGAGGAGGACCCGGGCGCCGAGUGCGAGUCGGAGGCGCGGCCGGCCCUGGUGCACCUGAUCGAUGAGCACGGCGCCUACUCCACGGCCAGGCUGGUGCCCGAGGACCCGGCCCGGCCCGCCGAAGCGUCCGGGGACGGGUCCGGGGACGGGGAGGGAUCCGGGGAGGAGUCCGGGGAGGGGGCGGAACGGGAGGCCGGCGGGGGCUUGGAGAUCCGCCAGGUGACGGUGGCGGAGAAGCCGUUCCGCUGCGGCGCCUGCGGCAAGAGGUUCAAGCGGGCCUGGGAGCUGUUCAGCCACGAGGUGGUGCACAACGAGGACCGGCCCUUCCGCUGCCCGCUCUGCGCCGCCGCCUUCAAGCGCCACUCGGACUUCAAGAGCCACGGCCUGGUGCACACCGAGGACCGGCCCUUCCGCUGCGAGGCCUGCGGCAAGCGCUUCAAGCGGGCCAGCAACCUCCAGGAGCACCGACGCAUCCACACGGGCGAGCGCCCCUUCCCCUGCACCCGCUGCCCCAAGCGCUUCAAGACCCCGUACGAGCUGCAGCGGCACGCGUUGGUCCACCGCACCGACCGGCCCUUCCCCUGCCCCGACUGCGGCAAGGCCUUCCCCGCCCCCCACGCCCUGCUGCUCCACCAGCGUCAGCACUGCGACGACAAGCCCCACGCCUGCGGCGUCUGCGGCAAGAAGUUCACCUACGGGCACAGCCUGCGGGUGCACCAGCGCGUCCACACGGGCGACCGGCCCUUCGCCUGCAAGAUCUGCCCCAAGGCCUUCAAGCAGUCCAACGCGCUGGCCUCCCACGAGCGCGUCCACACGGGCGACCGGCCCUUCGCCUGCCAGACCUGCGGCAAGGCCUUCAAGCAGUCCAGCUACCUGGCCGUCCACCGGCGCGCCCACACGGGCGAGCGGCCCUACCGCUGCCAGGCCUGCGGCAAGGCCUUCGCCCGGCCCUCGCUGCUCCUGCAGCACCGCCGGGUCCACAGCCCCGCCCGGCCCUUCCCCUGCCGCUUCUGCCCCAAGCUCUUCAAGGACGGCGCCUACCUGGCCGUCCACGAGAAGGUCCACGCGGGCGACCCGCCCUACAAGUGCCCCGUCUGCGACAGGGGCUUCGCCCACCCGUCCAACCUGCUGCAGCACCAGAGGGUGCACCGGGACGGGUGAGGGGGGCGGGGGGGCGUGGCGACACCGUCCCGUCCCCGUCGCCCGAGGGGCGGCCGGCCCGGAGGGGCCACGGAACGGACGGGGAUUGUGGGCGCUCUGCCGCGACAUCCCCUCGUCCCCGCUGUCCGAACGAGGCCCAGACCCGGGCAAGGCGAAAGGAGGGGAGGGUGGGGCCGGAGCAGGACAGGCUGCCCUUCCUUCCCGGGACCGUCCGGACCGGGGGGAGACCCCGGGCUGGGGUACGCUGGGAGCAGCUGCAUGCGAGGAGCUGGUUUGUAUGUUUCUGGGUGAGCGGUUCGUCCGCUGGGGGCCGGCCUGGCCUUCCCUUCCCUCUCCCACCCCUGCCGUCCCUCGAUUUCCCUUGGUUGGAGGGGGUGGGCGCCGAGACUCCCUGCUGUUAGGGAGGAAGGAGAGGCUCUCACUGCCUCCCCCCGGGGUCCUCGGUCUCCCCUCCAGUCCCGUGGAGGGGAUGGGGCGGGGGCCGAGAGAGACCGGGGCUACGGCGGUGAUGGCCCGAAGAGGUGAGUCGGGGGUCCCGCCGUCCCCCAGGCUGCCCUUCCCCCCCGAGAGAAUUCUGGGCUCUCAUUGGGCUGGGGUGGGGGUGGGACUCCCGUGUCUUGCACCGGGGGCUCCGGGCCCCCUCAAUACGGGCCCCAGGUGGACGCCCCUGACCCCGUGGGACCCGAGCCCGUCUGUCUUCGCCGCCGAAGCCCCCGGCGUCCCCGCCCCCUCCCCGCCCUUCCUGCCGCCCACUCGGACCGGACGCGGGGCAGGGGAGCAGCGUGGCCUGGUGGCUGGGGCACGGGCUUGGGAGUGAGGAGG